CACGGAUCCAAUAGUGCCGCUGAAAAAGGAAGAAGAAGAAGAAAAUGCGGAAGCAGAAUGCAGGAAAAAAAGGCAGGCAGGCAGGCAGGCAGGCAGGCAGCAUGUCUCCACCUGGAGGGAAGAUCAACAGACCCAAAACGGACUUGGCCAAGAAACUCUUCAAGCGCCGCCGCGUCCUCGGGCGACAGAGGAGGAAGAAAAAUCAGAUUGUCGGCGCCGUGCUGGACGAAGGCCUCAUCACCGUCCAUCACCUCAAGAAGAGGAACACCAGCCCGCGGGCCAACAUCACUUUGUCGGGGAAGAAGAAGCGCAAGCUCAUCAAGCAGCUGCGCAACCUCCAGAAGGACAAAGCCGCCAUGGAAGUCGAGGCUGCGGCUCCUCCACCCGAGAAGAAGAAGAAGAAGCCGCUGAAAAAGACGCCCGGCGCCUGUCAGGACGUCGACAUGGACCCCGCGGAGUGAACCGGUCCGCGUUCCGCACGGACGCCGCGGAAAGGGAAGCAUUUUCGCGUCGUCGCGCCGAAGCACCUUUUCGCAAAUUUGAAGUGCGGAUCGCGUGUAUCGCACACGCUGUAUAGAACCUGGACAGACUUUCAUUUGGGAGCAGUUUUUACAAAACAUUGAAUAAAUGUCACCAUUUCUGGUCUUAUGUUUACAAACUAGAAAAGAGAGACGUCACAGGGGUGGGACGUGCCGUUAAAAUCCAGC